GACCGAACCUGUCAUGGAGCCUGCAAUAUGGCUUCUAGUUGUUUGCAUGCAUUUACAAUUAAAUGAUUAGGGUUUUAAGUAAUAAAUAGUUUACUUUUGAAAAAAUUUGUAUACCGGCAUUAUAAGAUCUCUUAUUAUUUUGUCGAAAAAUAUUUUGAUUUCCCUUUCUUUCUCAUUUGUUAAAGUGAUUUUUAAAAUAUAAAGACAAUAAAAUAAGAUAAAUUAUGAAUGAAAAGAAAUGUAAAUGUAUAAAUAAAGUACAUCUCGAAUAAAUUUAAACGGUGAAAUUUCAAUUUGAGUGUAAAUUAUUAAAUAUUGGAAUAUUAACAAUGUGUGAUAGCAAGUGUGAUGACAGUGUACCAGAGGGUUGUCAGGAUGUUGAGAGUGAAGUUGAAGAUAUGUUAGAGAGAACAUCCGAAGAUAAUGUCAGUAUUCAGCAGAUUUUACAAGAAAUGACUAAUGAAUUUAAUAGAGGCGUCAGUCCAAAACAAUCAGUUGAAAGAGAUUGUUCAAAUAAACAAGAAUUGCCAAGUCCUGAAAAUUUUGAUGUUAUUCUUAAGGACGAUGUAAAAAUAUCAAAAGCGGCAAAAAAUGUGAAACUUGGAAAAAUAACAAAUUUAGUGAAUUCUUCGGGAAAACUCACGAAGGAUAUUAGCGAAAAAUCGGGACAAGAAUUAAAAGAUAAUUUAAAGACAAAUGAAUGUAAUGAAAUUAAAGAGAAUCAAGAUGCUAAAGAAAGUUUUAAAAAAGAUACAAAUAUUCCAAGAAUUGUUCUUACAUUUAGAACAAUUGAUGAAAAUACAGAUUCAGGAAAGAAGACUAAAAUUUCAAGUUGUUCGUCAAAUUUAACAUUAGUGCCAGACGAAUUAGUUAAUUGUAAUCAAAUUGGUGGAGUUUCAGUGAAAAUUGAAACAUCCGAAGAAUAUUCGGAUUGUAUUGAUAAAUCAGAUAAUGAAGAGGGUAAAGUUGAAAAAACCAUUGAAACUAUAAAUAAAAAAAAUGUUGAUAAUGAAAAAAAUGAAGAAGAUAUAAAUGAGGGAGGGCAAUCUGAACAUUUGGAUUCAGAUCAAGUUCCUCUUGUUUAUAAAAUUGACGAAAAUAGAGAUGCAGAUGUUUCAUUUUCGGAACCUACUGCCGAUAAAGAAUUUGAAAAUAAUUCAACAUUUAUUAAAAAACAAAGGAAAAGAAGACUGAGGGUUGCUAGUCACGUUAUUGAAGGUGCACCAAGUCCAAAACGUUCUGCUCGACGUAUGUGCAAGGAAUCACUAAAAAGUACCGUUCUUGAAAGUGCUAUAGCGCGCAAGGAAAAAUCAAAUUACACUGAAGAACAUUUACAAUUUAAACCAAUAAGAAAAUAUAAUAAACCCGGAAGACCAAAAAAAAUUUUAUCAACAAAAGAGGUUUCGAAACAAAUUCAUUCUAAAGUGACUGAAACAGACAAUGAAUCUGACAAUAAUACAGUCGAAGGAAACAAUAGUUCCAAUGAAAUAAAUUUGUCUCAGGAAAAUUCUAAAAAUUGGUCUAUUAAUGAAAGUUCCACAAGUGAUUUAACUAUUAAUGAUUCACAAAAUUCUUGCACAGAAUUUGAUGGAAUGCCUAAAUUAUCUCCAAUAUUAAAGAAUACAGAUUCUUCACAAACAAAAUCGGGAAAUUCUAUUAAAAAUUCAAUUACUGAUGACGUUGCUUCUAUGUCGGAUAAUGAUAAGCCUUUUUUGAAACCCGUUAUUGGAAAAACAAAAAGAGAAAGAGGUCGUCCUAAGGGUAGUUUAGGAGCUCGGAAAAUUGCUAAAUCUGAUUCAUUUGAAGAUGGAUCAAAUGAAACUGGAAAACAUCAAGAUUCAGAAGAGGACAGUUUUCCUGCAAAAAGAACACGACGAAGUAUGGCACCGAGUCCAAGUCUAGUCGAAAUACAAGGAUCAAAACCCGAAUCAACUGUAAUUUUAAAUGAGACAUGCAAAAAAUCAAUGAUGUGCUUGUGUCAAGUAAGAUCACAAUUGUACGUAACAGUCAGCGACAAUAGUACUCCACUUUAUUGUACAGCAAUAGAUUCGAUUGACAACAAAAAAGUUGGUUGUUGUAAUGAAGUUGACAAUAAUGAUGUAACAAUGCGAAGACCAAGUACUUGCGUGCCUUUUAUCGUUCUAUGUCGCAUGCAUAAGGAAAGAUUAUUUCGUCAUAAUUGUUGUCCAACUUGUGGAUUAUUUUGUUCACAAGGAAAAUUUAUACAGUGUAUGAAUGGACAUCAAUAUCAUCGUGAUUGUGAAAUUUAUCUUUCUAAACAAGGUGCAUGUCCACAUUGUGGAUGUGAAAGUCCGGAUUAUGAUAUUGUCAUAUCAAUAAAUGGAUUGAGAAUACCAAUUUAUAUUCCCACUCGUAGAAAAUUUUCAUCAUUGCCAUCUGCAAAAAUGACAUUACCAGGAAAAGGUGAUAAUACAAAACUUGCUGGUAGACCACCAAGUCCAUUGAUUCAGCCAGAAUUGAUUAAAAUACCAGAACCAACGACAGGUAAUUCUGAUAGACCUGAACGCUACACAAUAAUGAGUCUUUAUACUUCAGUUAAAAAUGGUGAUUUGGAGAAAUUGGUCAAUGUUUUAACCUGUGGUUAUAAUGCAAAUCAUACAUUUCGCGACUAUGCUAACCGCACAAGUUUGCAUUUAGCUGCUGAAAAAGGUCAAUUGGCUUGUUUACACGUUUUAAUUCAAGCUGGUGGUCAAGUUGAUGUCAUGGAUAAAAAUCAAUUAACACCGUUAAUGUUAGCAGCAUGUAAAGGAAGAGCUGAUGUUGUGCGAUAUUUAAUUAGAAUUGGAGCUGAUACUACAUUAAAGGGUGUAGAUGGCAUGACAGCUUUGCACAUGGCUGCUAAAAGUGGACAUUUAUAUGUUUGUCGAAUUAUACUAACUGAAUGCAAAGUGCCAAGAACUUUAAUCGAUUCUGUUGAUGAUGGAGGUUGGACUAGUUUAAUUUGGGCUUGCGAAUUUCGACACACUGCUGUUGCGCGUUUUUUGAUUGAACAAAAAUGUGAUCCUUUAAUUAGAGACGCAGAACAAAACAUUGCUCUACAUUGGAGUGCAUUUAGCGGAAGUUCUGAAAUCACAGAAUUACUAUUAAAUGAAGGCUGUGAUGUAAAUGCUGUGAACGUUCAUGGCGAUACUCCUUUGCAUAUUGCUGCAAGACAAGAUCAGUAUGCAGUUAGUAUAUUAUUAUUGGCUCGAGGUGCAAAAAUUGUUGAAGUUAAUAGUGCUGGUGAAACGGCAAUAAAUUGUUGUUCAUCUGAUGGUGAUACUUUAGCUGCAUUAAAAUUGAAUGCAAAAGUAAAUGAACUCUCAGAACAUAUGUGGGAGAAGACUGUUAAAAUUUUAUGCAAUGAUAUUUCCCGUGGUAAGGAAACUAAUCCAAUUCAAUGUGUAAAUGGAUAUGAUUCGGAGGAUAAGCCAACUGACUUUUUAUACGUGACAGAAAAUUGUUUUACAAGUAAUAUAAAUGUAGAUCGAACAAUAACGUCCUUACAGUCAUGUCGCUGUGAAAAUAAUUGCAGUACAGAAAAAUGUUUAUGUGGUACUAUUAGUUUAAGAUGUUGGUAUGACGAAGAGGGAAAACUCCUUCCUGAAUUCAAUUAUGCUGAUCCUCCAAUGUUAUUCGAAUGUAAUCCAUCAUGUGAUUGUAACAAAAUCACUUGUAUUAAUCGCGUUGUUCAACAUGGCACGACUCAGAGAUUUCAAUUGUUUCGAACAAAAGAAAAAGGAUGGGGACUACGAACUCUUAAACACAUUCCAAAAGGUACUUACGUUUGUGAAUAUGUUGGAGAAAUCAUCUCUGAUUCAGAAGCUGAUCACAGGGAAGAUGAUUCGUAUCUGUUUGAUUUGGACAACAGGGAUGGAGAAACUUAUUGCAUCGAUGCUAGACGAUACGGCAAUGUAGCUCGUUUUAUCAAUCAUUCUUGUGCUCCAAAUUUACUGCCCGUUCGACUAUUUGUUGAACAUCAGGAUUUACAUUUUCCACGAAUAGCAUUUUUUGCAAAUCAAAAUAUUGAAGCGGAUGAGGAACUAGGAUUUGAUUAUGGUGAAAAAUUCUGGAUAAUCAAAUGCAAAUCUUUUACAUGUACCUGUGGUGCUGAAUCCUGUCGAUAUUCAAAAAAAACCAUACAAGCAACCCUUGAUAAUUAUCGUAGAAGGAUUCAGCAAGAGGAAAUGCUUAUUACUCAAACAUCUUUAGAAUAGAUUUCCUAAAACAUUAUUUAUAAAAAAAAAAAAACAUGGAGUACAAAAAGCACAGUAACCCAAAAAUGGGUUUCUUUAAUAUUAGUAAAUGUUGAUUGUAAAUAUCAUAAACGGCCAAAGGCUAUAAUUAAGUUAUAUGACGUACUUGCGUGAAUUUCACAUUUUACAUUAUUGUUAUGAAUAUUAUUUCAGUACGUUUCAAAUUUAUUGAUUUGAUAUUUAAUGUCCACUAUGUUGAAAAUAUAUAUA